CCUACAACAAGUGCAAGAUUUGUGGGAAAGUGCUUUAUAAUUUGGAAAUUUUCAAAAUCCACAUGAGAUUUCAUACAGGGGAAAAGCCUUUCAAAUGCACCACUUGUGGGAGAGAGUUUACCUGGAAGUAUAACAUGGAGAGGCAUACAAGAACUCAUGCAGGGGAGAAGCCAUUUAGAUGCACUACGUGCGGGAAAAUGUUUACCCAUGAGUCAAGUUUUCAAAAGCACAUAAGGCCUCAUACAGGUGGGAAGCCAUUCCGAUGCACCACGUGUGGGAAAUGUUUUACCCAUGAAUCAAGUUUUCAAAGGCACGUAAGGACUCAUACAUGGCUGAGGCCAUUCAGAUGCACCACUUGCAGAAAAAGGUUUACCCGGAAGUCACAUUUGCAAACACACAUGAGGACUCAUACAGGGGAAAAGCCAUUCAGAUGCACCACGUGUGGGAAAAUGUUUACCUGGAAGUCAAGUCUUCAAAGGCACGCAAGGAUUCAUACAGUGGAGAAGCCAUUCAGAUGCACCACGUGCGGGAAAAUGUUUACCCAUGAGUCAAGUUUUCAAAGGCACAUAAGGACUCAUACAUGGCUGAAGCCAUUCAGAUGCACCACGUGCAGAAAAAUGUUUACCCGGAAGUCACAUUUGCAAACGCACAUGAGGACUCAUACAGGGGAAAAGCCAUUCAGAUGUGCCACAUGUGGGAAAAUUUUUACCUGGAAGUCACAAUGGCAAAUACACGUAAGGACUCAUACAGGGGAGAAGCCAUUCAGAUGCACCACGUGCGGGAAAAUGUUUUCCCGGAAGUCAAAUUUGCAAGAGCACAUCAGGACUCAUACAGGGGAGAAGCCAUUCAGAUGCACCACGUGUGGGAAAACGUUUAACCAGAAUUCAAGUUUACAAACGCACAUAAGGACUCAUACAGGGGAGAAGCCAUUCAGAUGCACCAUAUGCAAGAAAAUGUUUGCCCAUAAGUCAACUUUUCAAAGGCACAUCAGGACUCAUACAGGAGAGAAGCCAUUCAGAUGCACCACGUGCGGGAAAAUGUUUACCCAGAAGUCAAAUUUACAAAGUCACCUAAGGACUCAUGUACAGGGCAUAAGCAAUUCAGGUGCUGUGAUUAUGGAGGUGGUUUCACCUCAAAUUGUCAUCUCAAACAACAUGUCAUGA